CGGCUAAAACAUAACAUCAUGCUGUUGUGACCAGCUUCCAUAACCCACCACCUCACAUCACGUUGACACCACCCUAGACACCAUAGUUCCCACACGAAUCGCAAAUCAUUCCAUUGUGAACCACCCAAGACCACGCCACCAUUACCAACCAUGAUAUAAGACUUGGCCUUAUAUAGCCUAAAUCACAAUUUCUAACCAGCUCUGUAAGCACUUUCCCUGUUGCAUGAAAGGUUUUCGACAAUUUGUCCCAAUAAAACACACAAUUAAAAAGAAGACAUCUCUCUCUCUCUCUCUCUCACAAAAAAAAACAGCAGAAAACUUGAGUUGAAUUUGCUACUAAUAAAUCAAGCUCUGAAUGUGGUCAUCAGCUAUGAUGGUUCGGUGAAUUAAUGAUAAUAAUAAUAAUGUUGGGUAUAGCAGCUUCAAUAAGAGGAGGCGUGGGCAUUGGUCGCCGGCUUAGCUUCGCUAUCAGAAAGGAAUCUUUAACUUGGUACCGUAAUCUACUAAUUCAAAACCAGUCGGACAGUUUUAAUCACACACCAUCUGUUGUAUGCUGUUUUUUAUGGGCACAAAGACCUGGUGUUGUUCUUGAAAAUUUUGCAAGGCAUAUGAGCACUGCAUCAUUGGAGCUGAGGACAGACAAUGAUUUUGUUAGAUUUUCGAUUACUAAAGAUGGGUAUUCAGCAAAAGAGAAGAAAAGUAUGAAAAAGGUGCCCAGAUAUGUUAAAAUGUCUAAAAAGGCGAAACUUAAUGAACUCCGGUUCUAUCGCCUCAAGGCCAAAAAGAAAAUGAAUUCUCCUAAUCCUGAAGUUAGGAUUAGAUAUAAACUUGAAAAGGCCAAAAGGAAGGAAGCAUGGUUGAUUGAAAAGCUCAGGAAACUUGAAGUCCCCAAAACCCCAGGUGAAGCAUAUGAUCCUGAAAUAUUAACAGAAGAGGAGAAGCAUUACCUCAAGCGUACUGGCGAGAAGAAGAAAAACUACGUUCCAGUUGGCCGACGAGGGGUUUUUGGAGGCGUUGUUCUCAAUAUGCAUCUUCAUUGGAAGAAGCACGAAACCGUCAAGGUUACUUGCAAACCUUGCAAGCCAGGCCAAAUUGAUGAAUAUGCUGAAGAGCUUGCUCGACUUAGCAAAGGGAUCGCUAUUGACAUAAGACCUGACAACACCAUUAUUUUCUACAGGGGAAAGAACUAUGUGCAGCCAAAAAUCAUGUCCCCUCCAGAUACCCUAUCUAAAGAUAAACUCAGAGUGAAGUUCCCGAAAUCCACCCCAAUUUCCCAGGUUCACUACCGUGGCUGUUUUUAUGAACUUGGAACAGGCCCUGGAAAAAUAUAGGUACGAGCAGUCACUUGAGCAUACAAGUCAGUUCAUUGAGAAAUUGGAGAAAGAGCUUGAAAAUUAUCAGGAGCAUGUUGUUCGUUACAAGAAUAGGAAAGAAGCUGCAGUAGACAGUACGAUUGCUGAUGUAUGAAAACAAAGAUCUGAUAAUCUUUUGAAAGUUUUCUGGAGUCAAAGAACUUAUGUCAAAGAAAAAAGAAAGACUAAUAUGUGCAAACCAAAUAAAUGAAAAACUGCAAUAGGAGCCCUUUUGGUUGACAAAGGCUUUUGUUCAUGAUAUUUGUCGUUUUAGAGAUGCCUAUUUCUUUGUUUUGCAGGAUGGACUCUCUCAAAUAACAAAUCAAAGUUGACUGUUUUACAUUAAGGGGAUGGCUCCUUCUGCUGAUUACGAGACGGAAUUUUGCUUCAUGGAACAGAUCAGACAUGGUAAAGAUUUCAUCAACUUACUUGAGCAGGUAGAGCUUUUCAUUAUAAAAACCAUUUGUAUAUCUUUUCUAUGCAAGAUUGGGUGCUUCUCUACCAUCAUUGAAGUCCUCUUAUCAGCUCUGUUAUCUCCUUUUCAUUUCCGAUCAAAAGGGGAUUGAUUCAAUGAUACUGCCAUCUAUAUUCAUGUUCUUGUUUUCUGGAAUUUAACUUGGUAGGCAUCUAUGAACCAUGAAGUUUGGCCCUCAUUUCUGUUUUUAUAUUUUGUUUGAUGUCUAUGGUAGCUGGUUUUUCUUCA